AUGUCCCGCGCGGAGCCGCCGCCGCCCGCCGAGCCCGGCGCCGCCGUCGAGCGCCUCUGCCAGGAGCUCAACCUGGACGCGGCCAGCGCCGCCGAGGCGCUGCGCGACUUCACGGCGCUGCGCGGCACUUACAGCCUGGAGGGAGAAGUUGUCCAUUGGUUGGCGUGCGCCCUGUACGUGGCCUGCCGCAAGAGCGUAAUUCCUACCGUGGGAAGCGGCCUUAUGGAAGGAAACUGCGUCUCACUGACCAGGAUACUACGUUCGGCCAAAUUAAGUCUAAUUCAGUUUUUCAGCAAAAUGAAAAAGUGGAUGGACAUGUCAAAUCUACCGCAGGAAUUCAGAGAGCGAGUAGAGAGGCUGGAGAGAAAUUUUGAAGUGUCAACUGUGAUUUUCAAAAAGUUUGAACCAAUAUUUUUGGAUAUAUUUCAAAACCCUUAUGAAGAAACUUCUAAACCACAGAGAAGCAGGAAGCAGAGACGGGUACCGUGCUGUGCUAAAGAUCUCUUCAACUUCUGCUGGACUCUGUUUGUCUACACUAAGGGUAAUUUCCGUAUGAUUGGAGAUGAUUUAGUAAAUUCCUAUCAUUUGCUUCUGUGCUGCUUGGACCUGAUUUUUGCAAAUGCCCUUUUGUGUCCAAAUAGAAGAGAUUUGCUAAAUCCGUCAUUUAAAGGCUUACCUGUGGACUUCCAUGCAACCGAGAUCAAAACCUCUGAAGAGCCUCCAUGCAUCAUUGCCACACUAUGUGAACUACAUGAUGGGCUUUUAGUAGAAGCAAAAGGAAUAAAGGAACACUACUUUAAACCAUACAUUUCAAAAUUAUUUGAAAGGAAGAUCUUAAAAGGAGAGUGUCUAUUGGAUCUAUGCAAUUUUACAGAAAACAACAAAGCAUUGAAUAAAGAAUAUGAAGAAUAUGUUCUAACAGUGGGUGACUUUGAUGAGAGGGUUUUCCUAGGAGCAGAUGCUGAAGAAGAAAUUGGCACUCCUCGGAAAUUUCCUGCUGAUACGCCAGUGGGGAAAACGGCAGCAAGAGCUCAUGUAGAGUGUCACCUUCAGCAGCACUUUGAAAAGAAAAGGUCAUUUGCACCUUCAACUCCACUGACUGGAAGAAGAUACCUACGAGAAAAGGAAGCUGUCAUCACUCCUGUUGCUUCAGCAACACAAAGUGUGAGCCGGUUGCAGAAUAUUGUGGCUGGAUUGAAAAAUGCACCAAGCGAACAGCUUAUAACUAUUUUUGAAUCUUGUGCGCGUAGCCCUAUGGAAAGCAUCAUGAACAGAGUGAAAGAAAUAGGUGAAACUUUCUGUCGGAACUACACUCAAUCAACAGAUGAACAGCCAGGAUCUCAUAUAGAUUUUGCUGUAAACAGAUUAAAACUAGCAGAGAUCUUGUACUAUAAAAUCUUGGAGACUAUAAUGGUGCAAGAAACACGAAGACUACAUGGAAAGGACAUGACUGCUCUCUUAGAACAAGAUGUAUUCCACCGUUCCCUGAUGGCAUGCUGCUUGGAGAUUGUGCUUUUUGCAUAUAGCUCACCUCGUACCUUUCCCUGGAUCAUAGAAGUUCUUGACCUCAGGCCAUUCUAUUUUUAUAAGGUAAUUGAAGUACUGAUUCGGUCUGAGGAAGGUCUUUCCAGAGACAUGGUGAAACAUCUCAACAGCAUUGAAGAACAAAUUCUCGAGAGUCUAGCCUGGACUCGAGAGUCAGCACUCUGGAAUGCUCUCCAGGCUUCAGAAAACAAGGUCCCAACCUGUGAAGAAGUAAUAUUUCCCAGUAAUUUUGAAGCAAGCAAUGGAGGAAGUGGACUUGGACAUUUGCCUAUGAUGCCAAUAUCUCCUAUAGUUCAUCCUCGAGUAAAAGAGGUUCGGACAGAUCUUGGUGGGAGUUUAAGACGAGACAUGCAACCAUUGUCACCAAUCUCUGUUCAUGAGCGCUAUAGUUCUCCUACAGCUGGUAGUGCUAAGAGAAGGCUCUUUGGAGAUGACAGCCCGAAAGAAAUGCAGGUGGAAAAGAUCUUUACUGAAGGAACAAAGCUGACAAUUGCUCCAGCUUCAAGCAUUGUUGCUGAAAAUGUCUCAGUUUCUUCUGGGCAAACAGUACUGACCAUGACAACAGGUACAGUCGCAGGGAAAACAGGACAGAAAGUUACCAUCCCACUGCAUGGUAUUGCAAAUGAGAUGGGUGGGAUCACAUUGAUACCUGUUUCGAUGAGUUUAGGUCAGCCAUCUAAAAUGGAGGCGCAGGCUCCCAGCCAGCCUCAGGUGAAUCAAGUGCAAGAAGUACAUCUGUCGUCAGGAAGCAAACCGAAGAAAACAGGAUCCUUGGCACUGUUUUACAGAAAGGUAUAUCAUUUGGCAAGUGUACGCUUACGUGAUCUAUGCUUAAAACUGGAUGUUUCCAAUGACUUGCGCAGGAAGAUAUGGACUUGUUUUGAGUUCACAUUGGUUCAUUGUGCUGAUCUGAUGAAGGAUAGACACUUGGACCAGCUCCUUCUCUGUGCUUUUUACAUCAUGGCAAAGGUAACCAAAGAGGAAAGAACUUUUCAGGACAUAAUGAAAAGUUACAGAAAUCAGCCACAAGCAAACAGCCAUGUUUAUAGGAGUGUCUUACUGAGAAAUAUUUCUGUGAAUGUUCUGUCGGACAAAAAUGGCAACCAAGAUGUAGAGAUGACGGAUGACUCAUCUAUGAAAACUUGUUCCUCAGCAAGAUCUGCAACAGAGAACUCCAGUGAGUCAGGAACAGAGGAGAGAGGUGAUCUUAUCAAAUUUUACAAUGCAGUCUAUGUAGGAAGAGUAAAAUCAUUUGCACUGAAGUACGAUAUCACAAACCAGGAUCAUGUAAUGGAAGCCCCUCCCUUGUCUCCUUUCCCAAACAUUAAGCAACAACCAGUAUCUCCUCGGCGGAUAUCUCAACAGCACUCUGUUUACGUUUCACCUCACAAGAAUGGUGCCUGCUUGACCCCUCGAACUGCUCUACUAUAUAAGUUUAAUGGGAGCCCUUCCAAGAGUUUGAAGGACAUCAACAACAUGAUAAAACAAGGUGAACAAAGAAGUAAGAAACGAGCAAUAACAAUUGAUAGUGACACUGAGUCCCCUACAAAACGACUGUGCCAGGAAAAUGAUGACGUUCUACUUAAGCGUCUCCAGGAUGUUGUCAGUGAAAGAGCUAAUCAUUAAGACUGCCAGUUUUCUGUGGGAUCUAAAAGCUAAGGAGUUCAAUGCAGCUCUUGUGCUAUUUGUUUCUCACUUCUUGGCCAUGUUGUAUGCAGACAACUGUCAAAUUUCUUUUAAAUGUUCAACUGUUGCCUGACUUCCACAGAACGCAAAAAGGAAGGGUUAAGUAGUAAAUGGCAGAGAAUAAGUAUGCUCAUUUAUGCCGAAAGAACAUCUUGUCUUAGAAGUUACUCUAUUUGAGCUGUUUUAGCAAAAGACUGAUCUGUAGAAAGCUGCGCUGGAUGUUCUGUAGCCUAAUUUAGAGCAUCUGAGUUCUGAGUGUGACUCAACAUCUAACGACAGUGGUUUUAUUUCUGGAUUAAGGGCAUUCAGGAAAUAAGUGAAGUCAGUUAAUUUUCUCAAGCUUUUGGCAUUUGUUUGGGGAAGAAACUUUAAAAGUGCCUUAUUUUAAAAGAGCAUGGAAUUUUAUACAUGAUUUUAAUGGGAAGUAAAUGGAGUGAAGAACAAACUGAUCAUUUAGCCUGAGUAAGAGAUCUAAACAGCUUUGAACUUUAUGACUUAAUACGCUGUGCUCCAUUUCCUCUCAGAACUUCAGCAAAGGCGAUCGUUAUGAUGUGGAUCAGACAGCUUAUACAGUAAGGCAAAAAUCACAAAGUACGAACAGCAGUGGCAUAAAUGGGACACUGAUACCUACUAAAGCACGGAGAUACUUUUCAGUUAGUCUGAAUUAUUUUUCUUCAGAGCCAGUGAGCGCUGCCAUGGGAGCUGCUCCUUUCCAGUUGGAAACUUAAAUGCAGUCCUGCUGUACAAGCUGUUCAUGCAUAUUUUGUCUUAACUGUGAAAAAGUAUUAGACGGUUACAGUUCAAAACAAUUUGAGCUUUGGCCAACUUGCAGCUGUUUUAAUGUGCAAAUUCAUUUAACAAAUUGUAUCUCUUAAUUUUAUUUUUUUCCUGAAGACUCUUGUUGUGUAGUAUCUACACUGAAUGUAAGCCCGAUCAGAUAAGGCAUAUUUGUAUAUGUGAUUUUUAUAGCUAUUAAAGGUGUGGAUUCAUUGGAAAUUUAGAAAGUCCAACAUCUAAGUUGUUUUUGCUGAGGGAUUUGGUAGGAUUUGUUUUACCAAAAUGGAGAAAAGUCAAGGUUUGUUUGUUACUGUAUACCAGUAGUUUGAUCUUACAUCACAGAAUGGGUAAGGUUGGAAGGGACCUCUAGAGAUCAUCUAGUCCAACCCCCCUACUCAAGUAGGGUCAUCUACAGCAUGUUAGAAAGGGUUGCAUCCAUGCGGGCCUUGAAUAUCUGCAGAGAAGGAGACUCCACAACCUCUCUGGGCAACCUCUUCUAGUGCUCUGUCACUCUCACAGUGAAGAAAUUCCUCCUCAUAUUCAGGCGGAACUUCCUGUGGUUCAGUUUGUGCCCAUUGCUUCUUGUCCUGUCGCACAGCACUUCUGGAAAGAGUUUGUCCCCGUCCCCUUCACACCCUCCUCCCUUCAGAUACUUAUAGACCUUGAUAAGAUCCCUUCUCAGUCUUCUCUUCCCCAGGCUGAAGAGGCCCAGCUCUCGCAGCCGCUCCUCAUUGGGCAGGUGCUCCAGCCCUCUGAUCAUCUUUGUAGCCCUGUGCUGGACUUUCUCCAGUAGCUCCAUGUCUCUCUUGGACUGGGGAGCCCAGAACUGGACACAGUACUUGAGAAGAAGCCUCACCAGGGCUGAGUAGCGGGGCAGGAUCACCUCCCUCGACCUGCUGGCAACAGUCUUCCUAAUGCACCCCAGGAGACCAUUGGCCUUCCUGGCCACAAGGGCACAUUGCUGGCUCAUAGUCAACUUGUUGUCCACCAGCACUCCCAGGUCCUUCUCUGCAGAGCUGCUCUCCAGAAGGUCAGCCCCCAGCCUGCACUAGUGCAUGGAGUCAUUCCUCCCUAGGUGCAGGACGCUGCACUUGCCCUUGUUGAACCUCUUAAGGUUUCUUUCCACCCCACUCUCCAGCCUGUCCAGAUCUCUCUGGCAGCACAGCCCUCAGCCACUCCUCCCAGCUUGGUAUCAUACGCAAACUUGCUGAGGAGGCGCUCUGUCCCCUCAUCCAGGUCGUUGAUGAAGAAGUUGAACAGGAUGGGACCCAGUACUGAGCCCUGGGGGAUGCCACUAGCCACAGGCCUCCAACUAGACUCUGACACUGCGCACAACCCUCUGAGCUUUGCCUUUCAGUCAGUUCUCAAGCCACCUCACUGUCCACUUGUCUAACCCACACUUCCUGAGCUUAUCUAGGAGGAUGUUAUGGGAGGGAGUGUCCAAAGCCUUGCUGAAGUCAAGGUACACAACGUCCACUGCUCUCCCCUCAUCUACCCAGCCAGUCAUGCCAUCAUAGAAAGCUUUCAGAUUGGUUAAGCAGGAUUUCCUCUUUUUUCAUACUUGCAUUUAAAAUUAGAGCCAUACAGAGACUUCUCAGCACUGUAUUUUUCACUUCUAUGUGUAUAUAUUAAACAUUUUUUAACGAUUACAUAGGACUUGUUUAAAGAGCUCUGUUCACUUUAGUUUGCUUAAUAUGUGCAAAUAGAUCUGCUGUGCCUCAGUUCAAUGGAAGAUAUUUUUAUGAUCUUGAAUAGUCUCAGCAAAUGAAUCUGGCCAGCAAUGAUGUAGGAAAAAUGUAUUUAAAAGUGUACAUGAGGCAGUUUACAAAUGCUAUAAUUCAUUUUUGAAUUAAUUAAUUAACUCUCUGAUUUUUUUGGUAGAUUUGGAAAAAGGUGCUUAUCUGUUUGACCAGGAAGAGCUGCAGUAUGAGGAAGCAGCUAUGCAAUACAGUAGGUUUAAUGUAGAUUCUUUUGUUGAGUUCCUUUAUUUGGUUUGAAUAUUUGGCUCCAGAUCUUGAGAUAAAAAGCACAAGGGAAACAACCUUUCUAUCCUCAUUUGUUUACCAGUGUUGUUUAUAUGUUGAAUGGUUAUAGUUAUAAUUCAGUCCUGAAAAGCCUCCUGUGUUCCUUGUGAGGAAAUGGGGAAUCUUGAUUUCUAGCUUUAUGCAGAGUCUGUGUUUAUUUGCAUGGAGGGCUGCAGGCUUUCUGGAGGAUGUGGUUAAGAUCAGCCUUAACAGUAUAAAUCUUUCAGCAAUAUUUUAUCAUGAGAACUUAGUUGAUUUGGUUUUAAUUUAACAUCAUGUGCAGAUGUGUUUUCUUCCUCAUGUAUAUGCUCACCACACUGUCCUGGUAUUCUCUGGAACUGUAGAAAAAUGAUGAUGAUAAAAUUUUUAUUAGUUGUCAUUAGUCAUUGUUUUUUCAUUAGAAAAAUUAACGUACAACAACUGGGUGUGGUUCAGACUUUUUCAUAUUAGAUUUGGCCCUUUUUAGGUGCUAAUAGAAAGAAGUAUUUUUUGGACUUGCUAAAUGACUAAAAUAACAGGUUAUGUGACAAUUUUAUAAUGGUUUAAAAGUGCCUUGACAUGUAAAUAUGUAUUUUAUA